UUUAUCAAUGAAAAAUGAUAUUUGUAACGUAUAUAUAAAGAGGAAGACAGGUUUGAUCGUCAGUAUAAUAGUAAUAGGGAUAAAAUACAACUGAAGAGAAUUGAGCAUCUUCCAAAGUGAAAAUGAAAGCAACAUUCGUGGCGAUAUUAGCCACGGUUGCGUUUGCAUUUGCUGCUCCACCGCAGUGUCCGGAUGUAAAUGGAGAAAAUGUUACAUUAUUAUUGUUUGCGAAUCCAGAUGACUGCUCGACGUUCUUUUACUGCGAUGAAGGCAUACCAUGGUUAAUGGAAUGUAACGAAGGGCUUGAAUAUAACCCAGUGCUAAGAGUAUGUGAUUACUCGAGACAGAAUGCAAACUGUAUACAUCGUUCUUCAAGACCAGCAGGUCCUUCAUUCAGCUCUGAAUCUGAAACCUCCGACAGUCCACCACCACCACCAAGUCCUCCAUCCAGCCCUGCACCUGGAUCUUCUAGCAGACCACCACGACCACCACCACCACCACCACCUCCUCCACCAUCUAGCUCUGCACCUGGAUCUUCUAGCAGACCACCACGACCACCACGUCCUCCACCAUCCAGCCCUGCACCUGGAUCUUCUAGCAGACCACCACGUCCUCCACCAUCUAGCCCUGCACCUGGAUCUUCUAGCAGACCACCACGUCCUCCACCAUCCAGCCCUGCACCUGGAUCUUCCAGCAGACCACCACGACCACCACCACCACCACCACCUCCAUCUAGGCCACCACGUCCUGGUAGACCAAGUCCUCCACCUCGCACAACGUCAGUCUACUAAGGCUAUCUUGUCCAAUAGGUGCAACUUGUCCACAAAGGUCGCCUCGGUCAAUUUGGCCACAUUUUCCAUACUGGCCAUGUCUUCCUUCUUGUCUCUGCCCUUCUGAAAGUUAGAUGAUAAUAACGAAAAGUAACCUGUCUUAUGGUUAAUACAAAUUGUUAAUGUCAUUAAAAUUUUCAAUUUUGGCUCUCAUUAUAUGUUUGAAAUUUAUUCGAUAUAAAUGAAUUGUAAUAAAUAUCUUUGAAUUUAA